CAGAGAGAGGUAGGGAAAUCAUUCCGUGGACCCAACUGGUGGACCAGGUGGAUAUGAACUAGCCCACACAUUCAGCUUGAGAACCGUAGGCUACUCAUCUACGACUCGGUUUAUUCGUGUGUGACACGUUAGUUUUCUUUGUCAUUUUAGUCUUCUGGUGGUCUUUUUAUUUAAACGUAAAAAAUGCCUGGCAACGGGACCUUCUUGGUGCUGGAAAAUUACAUAGGGGGUAAAUUUGUGCCCGGCUCUGCUCAUAUCGACUCGUACGACCCGUCCACCGGAGAAGUUUACUGCAAAGUUCCGGACAGCGGACGUGAGGAGGUGGACGCUGCGGUGAAGGCGGCCAAAAAGGCCUUCCCUGAUUGGUCCGCCAGGAGUCCGGCUGAAAGGGCCCAGGUGAUGAACAAGCUGGCCGAUCUGAUGGAGGCCCGCCUGGAGGAGUUUGCCCAGGCCGAGUCCAAAGACCAGGGGAAGACCAUAACGUUCGCCAGCACCGUGGACAUCCCCCGGUCGGUGCACAACUUCCGCUUCUUCGCCUCGUCUGUGCUUCAUCACACAACCGACUGCAGUCAGAUGGACCACAUGGGUUGCCUCAACUACACCAUCCGCUCCCCAGUAGGAGUGGCGGGGCUCAUCAGUCCCUGGAAUCUGCCCUUGUACCUGCUCACCUGGAAGAUCGCUCCAGCCAUCGCCGCGGGCAACACUGUAGUGGCCAAACCCAGUGAGAUGACCUCCGUCACCGCCUGGAUGAUGUGCAAACUAAUGAACGAGGCUGGUGUGCCCCCUGGUGUGGUGAACAUAGUGUUCGGCACAGGCCCCAGCGCGGGCGACGCUCUUGUCGGCCACCCCGACGUGCCGCUGGUGUCGUUCACGGGGAGCACGGCGACGGCGCGCGUCAUCACCGAGCGCGGCGCCCCCUACUGUAAGAGGCUCUCGCUGGAGCUCGGGGGAAAGAACCCCGCCAUCGUGUUCGCCGACGCCGACAUGGAGCAGUGCGUCUCCACCACCGUGCGCUCCAGCUUCUCCAACCAGGGAGAGAUCUGUCUGUGUACCAGCAGGAUAUUUGUGGAGAGAAGUGUUUUCCCAGAAUUCUUGGAGAAGUUUGUGGCAGCUGCUCGGAAGUGGAAGACCGGCGUACCCACGGAUGUCUCCAACAACAACGGGGCUCUGAUUAGCAAGGAACACCUGGAGAAGGUGCGAGGCUUUGUGAAGGUGGCCCGUGACGAGGGCGCUCAGGUGCAUUGUGGGGAGGGCGUCGACCAGCUGGUUCUCCCGGAGAGCAACCGGAGUGGCUACUUCAUGGCCCCCACCGUCAUCAGCGGGGUCGCCGACUCCUCGCGCGUGAUGCAGGAGGAGAUCUUCGGGCCUGUCACCUGCGUGACGCCCUUUGACCUGGAAGAGGAAGUGAUCUCGCGGGCCAACGGCGUGCGCUUCGGCCUGGCGGCCACGGUGUGGACGCGGGACGUGGGCCGCGUCCACCGCGUUGCCGGGCGACUGCAGUCGGGCCUGGUGUGGACCAACUGUUGGCUGGUGCGGGACCUGAACCUUCCGUUUGGAGGGAUGAAGCAUUCUGGAGUGGGGAGGGAGGGAGGGAAAGACUCCUAUCACUUCUUUACUGAGGUCAAAACAGUCACCGUUAAACAAUGAGCUGAACAUGUUUACAGUAUGUACACACACACAAAACAUACACAAUGACAUACACACACACACAGACGCAGAGAGAGAGAGAGACACACACACAAAACACAAUGACAUAUACACAUACAGAACUAAUCCCAUUGCACACAACGACACCAAUACAAGCAGAGCAUAAGCAAACCACAUUCAUGUAACACAAACACACACACACACACACACACACAAUCAACACCCUAGGGAAGAGAAGGCCAUGACAGAGACAAGCUUACAGGUAUGAGGUAACACUCACAAACUGUGCCAGUGUACUUAGUUUAGCAGGUACUAUUUACUUUAGCAUAUGUAAUUUAGUGACUUUAGAGUAGUUUUGAAAUAGUUUAGAUAUUGUGUAGGGAAUGUAGAGAAUUUUUGUUUAUUAUUUUAGUGUAGGAUUUAUAAAUGAGCUGCUAUUACAGUAUGAACAUUUAUUAGCAUCAGGCUGGGGAGUAGAUAACACCAGAGACUCUCAGUAUUUCUGUGUGUGUUACUCUGUAGCACUUCAACCAAAGGACACAACACUUGAGCAUGUAGUUCACUUGUGCAUUACAGUAGCAAUGCUGCGAACAACUCAAGCUGUAUGAGUUUAAUGGGGCCACACCAAACCAUGCACGUGUGUGUGUGUUGCAGUGCCUGAGCCGGACAUCAUGAUGUCUGAAAAUUGCUGUCAAUCCUGUUUUGAUGCAUUGGUGCUUACAUAACUGGUUUUCUCUUAAUACUGUGUUGUUAAUGCAAUUUUUUAGUGACUUAGAAAGUGUCUUUCCUUCAUGAACUGUAAGCUUUUUGUGUCCAGAAUAAACGAGAGGAUACUCACUUCCUUGUUUCUC